GUCAUCUUUGCUGGGUGUUGAUAGGGUAAUGAUAAGUAAAACGUAUAUUUUUAAGAACAAUUUUACUUUAGUUAUUGAUGCUUACGUUUAGCAUAAGUUAAUUUUAAAGCGUGACGAAGUUGACAAUCAACUAGGUCAGGUCGUCUCGGGUUGUCGUACCAGCAAAACAUGGUGCUUGGCCAGUUUUUCCGUGGGACGACUGUUUUGGUUUCCAGCUGUCUGAAGCGGCAACUGCACGCCACACCCGCGAUCAACAUGCAAAUCAAGGUGCUGAAUGCCCUGCAGGACAAUUACAUGUACCUAGUCGUCGACCCGUCCACAAAAGAAGCUGCCGUUGUAGAUCCCGUGGAUCCGGAAAAGGUGCUUGAAGAGGUGAAGAAAUUGAAUGUAAAGCUAACCACCGUCCUGACGACGCAUCACCACUGGGACCAUUCGGGUGGCAAUGACAAGCUGGUCGAGCUCUCUCCUGGGCUGGCCGUGUACGGGGGCGACGAUCGCGUGCCCAAGAUCACUAGGCAUGUCCAGGACGGCGAACAACUCCAGGUCGGUCAGCUGACGGUAAAGUGCCUGCACACUCCGUGCCACACUUCGGGUCACAUCUGCUACUUCUUCCCUGCAUCCAACGGCGACGCCCCUGCCGUCUUCACAGGAGACACCAUGUUCAUUGCCGGGUGCGGCAAGUUCUUCGAGGGCACGGCCGACCAGAUGUACAAGGCGCUCGUCGAGAAGCUUGCAAAGCUGCCCGACGCAACGAGGGUGUUCUGCGGCCACGAGUACACCAUCAACAACCUCAAGUUUGCGGCGAAGGUGGAGCCCGGAAACCAGGCCAUUGUGGACAAGAUGGCGUGGGCAGAGAAAAAGCGGGCCAAGAACGAACCGACGGUUCCAUCGACCAUCGCGGAAGAGAAGACCUUCAACCCGUUCAUGCGCGUCAACGAGUCAGCGGUGCACAAGCACGCUCACCUCAACGACCCCAUCUCGACGAUGGCGUACCUCAGGAAGGAGAAGGACCACUUUCGUCCCUAGCCGACAGAUGUGCGACUGGCCGUCGGGCGGCAUUGGUACGGCUAGCAGACGACACCGGAACAGCUUGCAGAAGACAUUUGUACGGCUAGCAGAUGACAUUGGUGUGGCUAGCAGAAAACAUCGAAAGGGCUUGCAGACGACACUGGAAUGGCUAAUAGACAACAAUGUAACGGCUAGCAGACGAUAUUGCUACGGUUAGCACUUGACAGGGCUAGCAGAAGAUGCCAGCUGGGCUACCGAAUAUCGCACUAAGUUAGCCAACAGUAUAUGAUGAGCUAACACGAAUUAACCAGUUUGGAAUGGCGUCGAGUUGGCCAGGAAAUGUAUGCUAUGCAAGCUUCACAAGUGGCUUGAACAAAAUGCACUAAAACUGGGCCAUAGCCAGCUUAGUGGAUCACAUGAAGUUAACCACAAUAUCAAAUCUGCAAGCAAACAAUGUUGAUGGAGUCGCAUCAGACGUCGUAUGCCCAAACUGGUUGUCAAAUGUCCGAAUGGCUGAGAGCAACAACUAAAUGCAAACAUGGGGGAAAAAAAGAAAAAGGAAGAGAUUUAAAUCGAUGCAGGCCCAACGAUAACGUGAGCUUUCUUAUUCCCAUAUCGUGAAUAUACAUAUAUAUAUAUUGUAUGUCAAAAUGAGUGUUCUUGUGGAAUUUUUGUUUUAUUAAAUGGGCAGUGGCAGGGUCGUUUGCCUGAGGUGCUUGUCUGUUCUAGGCAGUGGCGGCUAGGAGCUCACCCUUUCCUUAAUGCUUUUAUGUAUAUGGCUGCAACAUGCAGUGGUGUACGUAUAUCAGCUUCGGCUCUUGGAUGCCGUUGCCUCUCGCUCGUGCUUUUUCAACUACGGGUUUCGGUGCACAAUAAUCCUCAAACAGUUUCUUUUUUUUUAAGAUGCUUGCCGACUCUUUUUUGCCUUUGUCCUAUUUGCUGAAUAAAAAUAACCGAGAGCAUUGUAUUCAAAUUAA